UGUUUAUAUUUGUAUUCCAUUGCGCUAUGAAAGAAAAUGUGCAGAAACAAUGGAGGAGACAUCUCUGUUGUGGCAGAUUCAGACUGGCAGACAAUUCAGAUUGGAGCAAAACAGCAACAAAUAUUAUAAAGAAGAGUUCUGAUAAUCUUGGGAAAUCCUUGUCCUCUAGUUCCAUUGGCUCAAAUUCAACCUACUUAACAUCCAAAUCAAAAUCUACAACGAAUACAUAUUGCAAAAGAAACAGCCAUACAGAGAACAUUUUUCUUGACAAGCCAUCUUCAAAAUUUGCCCAAGAGGAUGGAGAACAGACGUCAAUCAUCCCUGUCCACCAGGUUAUUGACAAGGUCAAGGGAUACUGCAAUCCUCACUCUGAAAACUUCUAUAAAAAUAUCAUCAUGUCGGAGACAUUUAGUCACAGCACGAAGUUCUAACUGGUCUUUUGGAGUUUUUAAAUUAAAGGA